GCAGCUGUGUUAUUCCUGAGUUUCAACUUUGGGAUAUAGUAGCUUUUAAAACAAACAAAGGUUUUAGUUGACGUCUGAUCCGGAGAUACAUAUGUGAGGAACACUGUUUCACUCGCGAGAUGAACAAAAUGCCUCAAUUAUUAUUUCAUAUAUUAAACCACAAAUGCGAUUUCGAGAAUAAACUUUGCCAACAAAAUGAUAUUACUGUUAAUAUUUAAAAAAAAUGCACCUGUGCAAAUCCGGAAGUUCGGUUACCUGUUGAGGUGCCCGGAUGUCGAUACGUAGUGACAAGAUGGCGAAGCUUUGACAGAAGUGCUGCUGGAGCAGUGAGAUCAUCAGCAGCAGCGGGUGAACUACCUGGGCUCGCAAAAGGUUGAAGAGCAACCGGCUCCCAGGAUGUUCGCCAAGAAGAAGAAGAAGCCGAUAAUUUCGGCGCCAAGUAACUUCGAACAUCGUGUGCACACUGGUUUUGACCGGCGGGAGGGCCGCUUCGUUGGACUGCCGCCACAGUGGGCUAGCCUCAUUGGCGCAGGCCAAGACCGGCCCAAGCCAAUCAUCGACCCUUCAAACAUAACCCCCACCGAAAUACUGGACAUGAAGCUGCAUACUAUCGUGAGAGGUGGCACUCCCGGCAGCACAAGUCCUGUUGGCAGAGGUCCAUCGCGCCCAGGCGGGCCCGUUUCGGUGAUACGUUCCAACUCUCUCCGCAAGGAGAGCCCCCCCAUGAUCCAUCGAGACAUGAGUCGGCUUCCGCCACCUGUUCCUGAACACGACACAUUCCCAGAAAGCAGCCCAGCAUCUCAGGGCUACACACUGCCUCCAUAUGCACACUACCAGGGGCAGCAGCCACUUCGGGGCCAGCACCCACAGGCUCAGCAUCUGAUGGGAGGGGGUCGCGUACCACCUGACCACCUCCAGGGCCACCCUAAUGCAUAUGCCCCGGGCUACAUGCACCCGCAGCAGGGUCAUCCACAGGAUCACUCUCAGCAGGACACACAAAGCCAGGGCAUGCACAGGCCAGACGACUCGCAGGAGGCUCCCGAUAGCCCAUCAUUACCCACCCAUGCCCAGGGCUACCCUUCACAGGGACGUCAACAGCCUGGCAACAUUACACCUCAGCCACCUCACGGCGUUCCAUCGCACAAUGGCAGCUACUAUUCUGAGCAGGAACUGCCACCGCACAAUGGGCAACAGCCACAUCCAGGCCACUACGAAAGCCGGGACCACCUGCCCACUUCACACACUUUGCCAUCACAUUCGCAUCAUGCUCCACCGCCACACCUUCCACCACACGUCCAUCAUCCUCCAGCUCAUGCUGGACAGCAGCAGCAACAUUUACAGCAGGCAUCGCCUCGCCGAGAGAGCUGGGGCUCAGGCCAGGACCGCUACGAUGCCAGCGACUGGGAGUCCUCUGGGUAUGGUGCUGCGGUGCCUCCGCACACCCGGCCUGCCUCUGGCCUUGGGUUGCAGGCGCACCAUGGAGGUGCCCUUCCGUCGACGGCAGGUCACCCUCCUCCAUCCAUGCAUCACCCUCCAGCUCAACAGCAGCACCAGGCAGUUCUUCCGCAACAUCCUGCUGCCGGCACGCACCAUCCUCCUCCACAUACGAACCAGCAGCACCCAAGGGGUCCUUCGCCCAUGCACUCCGCACACAGCGGUGGCAUUCCACCGUCCCACCAGCCCCAUGUGCCACACAUUCCAAAUGGGAAGGUCCCACCUGCACUCAACGGGGGACACCGGAUGUCUCCUUCAGGAAUGGCAUCUCAGUAUGCUGUGAAUGAGCAUCCUGGUGGCUACUCCAUCCCUCCGUACCAGCAUCCAGCCUCCCAGCUGCCACCCUCCCAACUGCAGCAGCAGCAGCAACAAAGAGUCUCCCCGCAGAACAUGAACCAUGGCUCGCAGGCUGGUCACCUGCCGCCGGACAGUUACCGGCCAGGGCCUCAGUGCGGUCCCCACCAGUACGGGCCGUCCAAGUCUCACCCGGGCCACAGCCAUUCGCCUGGGCCAGGGCCCAUUGCCAAGGAAUUGCCAGCCGCCCCGCCAAAACCCAAGGUGCCAAAUGACCAUCACCAUCAUCAUUACCAGCCUACGGGACCACACCAGCAGCCACCAGUGCAGCAGCAGCCACCUGCUGGAGGACAGACCAUGGUGGAUGGUGGUCGGGAUGGAAUGGGCAAAAGUCAAGCAGCAAUGGACCAUGCACCACCACCGGUGGCGGGCAAGCCCCAGUCGAACCAUCCACCCGAGCACCAAAGGCUGUCGCACGAGCAGUUCCGAGCAGCGCUGCAGAUGGUGGUGAGUUCAGGUGACCCUCGUGACAACUUGGACAACUUUGUGAAGAUUGGUGAAGGCUCGACUGGCAUUGUGUGCAUAGCUACCGAGAAGCCCAGUGGCCGCCAGGUUGCCGUCAAGAAGAUGGACCUUCGCAAGCAGCAGCGCCGGGAGCUUCUGUUUAAUGAGGUGGUGAUCAUGCGGGACUACCAUCAUCCAAACAUAGUUGAGAUGUACGACAGCUUCCUGGUGGGCGACGAGCUCUGGGUCGUCAUGGAGUUCCUCGAAGGUGGAGCCCUCACCGACAUUGUCACACAUGCCAGAAUGGAUGAAGAGCAGAUUGCAACAGUCUGCAAACAGUGCCUGAAGGCCUUGGCAUUCCUCCAUUCACAAGGCGUCAUUCACAGAGACAUCAAGUCGGACUCCAUACUGCUGGCCAGUGAUGGCAGGGUUAAGCUGUCAGACUUCGGCUUCUGUGCGCAAGUAUCCGUGGAACUUCCCAAGCGCAAGUCUCUCGUGGGCACACCAUACUGGAUGGCACCAGAAGUGAUCUCGCGGCUCCCGUAUGGUCCUGAGGUGGACAUCUGGUCCUUGGGAAUCAUGUGCAUCGAGAUGGUGGAUGGUGAGCCACCAUUCUUUAAUGAGCCGCCACUGCAGGCCAUGCGGCGCAUCCGGGACAUGCCACCACCAAAGCUCAAGAACACGCACAAGGUGUCCCCCAGGCUGCAGGGCUUCCUGGAGAAAAUGCUGGUGCGGGACCCGGCGCAGCGGGCCACGGCCUUUGAGCUGCUGCAGCAUCCGUUCUUGAGGCAAGCGGGUCCUCCAAGCCUCCUUGUGCCACUAAUGCGCAGCUUCAGGCACAGCCCCUGCUGAUGAUGCCAGUGCAAGGCGAGCCUGGGUUGAGCCCUGGUCGUCAGCACAUACAGCGCAGGGGCCGUGUUUGCGUUAGCGCUUCUUCCAUGUUCAACACAGUUUCACAUGCAUUCCCAUAGUUCUGUAUGUUUUCCGUAUCACCUGCAUAGAACUGGUAGAUUCUGUAUUGAUUCCGCUUUAUUUCUGUAAAGUGAGUGCAUUGUGCAAAUCGAGGAAUUAUUGCCAUAUAGCUCACAUACAAAUCAUAUGGAUUCUUCAUUGAUUCUGCAUAUUUUUUAAUGAUAAUGUGAAUUCUGUGUCUAUUCUGCAUCAUUUCCAUAAAAAAAAGGAACAGGAUGCAGAAAAUGUGAGGAAUGGUUACAUAUUACUGAUAUGAAAGUUAUGUGCAUGCCGUAUGCAUUUCUCAAGUUUUGCGAGAAAAAGAGUAUGAUGCGGAAGACAUAAGGAAAUAUUGAAAUGCUUAUGAAAUCUGUCACUAAGCUCCCCUGUUCUACAUUAUCGCGUACUGAAUUAGCACAGAUGUCUGAAAUUUUUGGGGAUUGAGAGUGUCUGUACUAUCUUUCACCUUUCUCAGUCUUGAAACAAAUGCAGUCUUCCUGUAGAGAGGCAAGGUGCUGCCGUGGCAACAGUUUUGAUGUUGCCAACAUGUGGUGCUUCAUCUGUAUACAUUGAAAAUGUAAGGCGAAGUCAGGAUGGUCAUACAGGGAGCCCUAAGGAUUAGGUAAAUUUAUGCAUUUAUUUGUGGGACAAGGCAGGGGAUCUCUGUGGUUGUUCUGAAAGCAGUGCUUUUGCCCAUGAUUGCCCUGUUCUGUGGAGGAGUGGUAAAGGCCCAUUGGUCAGUUAAGUUGUAAAGAGCGCAGCAGCAGGGUACCUUACAUUAGGUCACCUGAUCUCAAGGUCAAGAUGGUGGUGGAUGGUGGUGUGUGGCGGAUGAGAGUGGCAAUGUGGACUUGUUAGUUCAUCCUCACAAGUAUUUGUUGUAUGCGUGCAAGGAUACAGACGCAGAAAUUACUGUGGGCAUCUGAAGUCUUUGUGGUGUGGAAAAUUGGAAAAUGUUGAAUAUUUCCACAGCCUUGGUAUUAGGAUUUCCUUUCUUUUUUUCCUACUCUGGAACUCUAAGCGAACUAAACAUAUCAUUCCAUUACUACAAGUAUUUUCAAAUAUGGUGCUUUGCAGUUUUACUGUCUGCAGGCACAAAUUGUUCGGAAAUUUAACUUUUUAUCGAAGCUACACCCUGAAAGCUUUUGAUGCCUGCCAGUAUUGGACAACACACUUUACUAUGUGUUCUCUCAAUGUUAUGUGUCCUUGUCUGUUGCUUGGGCUACAACAAUUUUACGAGCAUGGUGGGCUGUUGUGCAUGUGAGCACAACAGCAAAGCUUCAAGCACAUUUGGAACAUGGAAAAGGGGGUCAAGGCCACGAAGGUGUGGCAGUGGCUGGGUUGGACGAUGUAUGACUGUUUGUGCUGAGUAUGCUCAAAAACUUUUUUUAGAAAAAUUCCAAGGAGAUCCAUCCCUUCAAUGCCAGACACAAUUCCACACAUUUUGUGAAAAGUGUUAAGAGGGUUUUUUGGGAAUAUGGGGAUUGUAUUGCACUAAUUUGCACUUGAUACAACAUUUCACUUCCUCGACCCACUUGUAAUUUCGGAUUUGCAUCGGUAUGUAGCUUGCACUGCUUUCAAACAAUUGCAGGGAACCGCUACUUGGCUGUAAUUUGUUUUGCUGCAAGUGUAUUGCUGACGAAGUUCUCGCACAAUUCUACCCAUAACUUUAUCUUGUUUGGAAGUUUGCUCCAUUCUGCAGUACACUAUGUUUACAUGGGGUUGAAAUGGCAACGAAAGUUGCAAAGGUCUCAGUGGUUGAAACGAGUCGUCAGUGAUGUCAGCACUGCCCGAGAUUUUCCUGGUAGAGAAACCGCACAGCCGUGGUUCAUUACAAUCUUACUUUUGCAAAGAGUUGCGGUAGUUAGUGAAGUACUAAUCAUUGCUCUAGGAAUCUAUCAGAUUUCCUUAGCCAGUUAUUAUUACUGUUAAGUGCUACCAGGAACCACGACGUUAGUAUUUUACGGUUGCCCUUCCGUUUAGUAGCAAGCUGUGUAGACAGACCAUUCUGGAAACAACUUUCAUCAACAAAGAUGCUUCGCUGAGCCUCUGUGUGCAGGGUCAUUUACUGUCACUGCUCUUCUAACUAGCGUAUUACAAGACAUUAUUUGCGAGAGCACACAUAGGUAAACGAAUGACACGAAAGCUUUUGUGUAACGUGCACAAUUGUUCUCAUUUUCCACAAUUGUGUAACAUCCCUUGAGAAGUUUUGGAGAUGCUGCCACCUGUUUGAUUUCAUGCUGUGGCUGAUCAGUGUUGUUUCUAGACACUGAGUGGCAAGGUGGCUAAAGUGCUGGUGCUCAUAAUAAUACCUGUUCCUAACAAGGUUCGGCCUUUUAGAAGUAUAGUUUGGUUUUAAUGUACAGAUAAGUUUUUCUUAGCGACUUUCAUUUUAAUAGAUUAUGGGAAAUUUGGCCUUUAUAAUUGAUGUCAAUAAAAAAUGUUGGUUGGUUACCUUGCUUGCUCAUGGGAAUGCUUCAAGGGCUGCUUCAAGCAAAGCUGUAAAGAGUUCAAUUGAGAAACAGCUUUGCAAUCUAUGCAGGGGGUUUUUAUUAUUUUAUCUUUGUGUGCUCUCAUAGAACUUUCCUGUUGUGUUCUCGCAUUGUACAAGGCUGUGGCUGCAGUUAUUGAUAGAGUACUUACAAGAACAGCAAUGUAGUGGUAGUUGAUUGUAGUUCGGUUUUUCAGUAAUAUUGAUAGUGGUAGCUGGAAGUAAGAUGAUAGCAUUUGCAUGCUGGUCACUUCACCUCCUUCCCCCUUUUUGAGUGGCCCUUUCUUUACUACUCUAGACUUGUUCAGGUUAACACCAAUCACAUAUGACAAACUUGGUGCCAAAGAACGUACACUCGCCAAGAAUAAAAUAAAAAUGAGGAACAGACGUUUCGGGCCCCGUACGAGUCCUUUGAUCACAAUGAAGAUGUAAGCAUAGGCGCCUGGCUAUUUAUAGGUCAGGUGACGAGUGCACAUUCUUUGGCACCGGUAUGUUUCCUCGCCAGACGAGUUUUCAUCGAACACUUCACUAUAUGACAAACUUAAUGCGUAGCCUAUAUGUAAACAUUAACUUAUCAGCCAUUUUAGGGCAUACAUCUUAGCUUGCAUGAAUAUAGUAGUUUGCAUGGGAAAAGGAAUGCUAGUAUCAAAAAUUAAAUCAAGAUAUAUGGUUAUGUUCAUCUUUUGAAAUAGUGAAUGUGUCACUGCUCUGCAAAAAAAAGAGCAUUCGUGAGCAAGACUAUGACCUGCAUGUGAGAGACCACUUUGGAAUUGUGUGUGUUAGUAUAGCAAUAAUGGCAUCAGAAGUUGUAAGCCAUUGUUAAGGAGCAGCCAAUUCGUUGCACUCAGAAUGAUAGUAAAUGUACUAUGGCCACAUUUCUCAGGCUUUCCUACAGAUUCACUUUAGCUACUGCUCGAUGGCACUGCCAGCAGCUUUACUCACGCAAGACACAUUUAGAAGGGCUUCAUUUUAUUUGAACUUGGAUCAUCUUGUGUGUAAUCUAACAUCCAUAACUAUACUUCAUCUCACCAAAUCUGCAAUGCAGCGAAAGUCACAUCAGCCAACCAAAACAGAGCACCCAAAAAAGUUCUACUCUGUUGUCCAUCACUGAUCGCCCUCUGCAAAACACUGACUGAACAGAAGCUUCACAGAACAAUUAGUAGCGCACAAUCGGCAAGCCCUUCUCUCUUCGCUGUAACAUGCAGCCAGCUCUCAUUACUGCAAACUUGAAAUUGGGUUAGUUGGCAAAAUUUCAUCUUUUCUUGUGCUAGCAUUAAGAAACAACUUGAACAAAGACGAACACAAAUCUACAAGACUGAACAUGGGAAAGGAACAUACUAUUUGCACUUCACAUGUUUAGUCUCGUAUGUUUGUGCUCAUCCUUCUUCAAGUUGUUUCCCAACACCUAACGCAAGAAAAGAUUGAAUCUCAUUACUAAUUAGCCAACACAAACCCUAGUCUUCGCUGCACUGUGCAUAUUUAGCGAGGGGGCGCAUUGUUUCAUGAUAAGUCACAGGAACAACUUGCAUGUAAUAAUGACAAUUUCAUGGGGUGUGUGGUACAGUCAGAUCUUUUCGGUUUGUUGUGGGCUGUCAGUACUCUGUUGUGGUUUUUUACUGGGCGACCAUCCGUGGUGUCCUAGAGUCUGCUGCUCUAUGAGAGCAGCAGUUUUACCAUCAACAUUCCCAACACUGAGUAGGAAUGCUGCAUUGCACUGUCAGCUUCCAAGGCAGACUAGACAGAUGUCGUACGCAAUCAGGAUGAUGCAUGUGCCAUGCAGUUUUUGCCAUAAAUCUUCUAGCUACUCUGCGAAUGACAAGAGCACUUGCUGGGCCCUGUCUGUGUCCUUAUGCUGCACCUGGCAGUUUGAAGUUCUGGAGAGUAAGAAGCACCACCCUAACUGACUCUGAGCCUCUGGGACAGUGAAAAUUCUGCAGGUUCAUUUUGUUCAUUCUGCUGAGCAUGCUCAACAGAAUGAACUUGAUUCACCUUGCUCACAUCAUCAUCAUUUUGUAGUUCUAUGGAAUCCACAGACUGAGGCACAACAGCAAAUUUGGUCAUGUGCAGAGUGGCUUUGGAAAUUUAUGUGAGGACUGUGUGUGUUCAUCUAUCUGAGCAAUUUGAAUGAGGCAACUGAGAUACAGCCUUCAGUUCAUCAUCAUCAUUUAUUGUCCCUUAAGGACCCCUUUCAGGGUAUUACAUAAGGAGGAGCAAAAGCGUCAAUAAACACUAUGGUGAUGAUUAUAUAAUGGUUAACUUAUUUGUACAACGGUAAACAAAACUUAGUAUACAUGCUAGUAGACGAUGGGCAAGAAAAAUUAAAAACAAAACAAAGUAAGGUACGAACUGGCAGUAGAAAUGGCAACACUACUGACAGUAUAACAGAGCAGUACAAAAGUUAGACGUUAAGAGUAACAGCUUAGUAGUGGUAGGUCAAGGGUUUAAAAAACAUGACAGUAGGUGCCUAAAUUUAUCUGGUUGCAAUUAUCUCUGCAACUAAGUCAUGUCUUGGCACAGAACAAAAGCCGGAAGAAUUUUCAAAAGUGCUGUCUAUCAGUGCCACUUGGCUUAAUCUCUUUACUCUGAGAAAGUGGGAAUGUUCAUGGUGGUGCGCUGGGUGUAGGUUACACAGAUUUAUCUGCAUGUCAGCAGUAAAAGAAUACUGCAAUAACAUUUAGUGAAGUGAGCUUUUUGUUCCAGUAAUCACAAAUGUUUGUAUCAAUGGGUGCGUAGGAGCAUAGAGAAUUCACAUUGUAGCAUUUCUGGUAUGCAAUGGAAGGUAGGGCAGUAGAUGUUUGGGCUUAUGCAAAUAACAUCAGCUUGCAAAAAUGUCAUUUGAAGCGUUUCUGGUAGUACACACUAGUAUUUAGCAUAUUAGCAUAUUGAUAGAGAGGUUGCUCUGUGUAAGGUGAAGUACCUUAGAUGACACUUUCUGGCUACCAAUAUUGCUUGUAAUGAAUGUAAUUACUGCAGUAGCAAAAAACAUGUAAUGAUUCACUUUUUACUUUAUCAAGUUGCUUGCCUUUGAAUUCACUUUACCGCUCUACACUUGCUGUUUGCAGAGCAAGAGUCACUUCGUUUACCUAGCUCAUGACCUUACGUGUGUUGCAUGCUUUGCAAGCUGCAAAGGAUUGUUUGUUUUUCUGGUGCCAUAGGCUUAGUAGUGUGAACUAUCCGAGUCAUUCUGCUUUGCGAGAUAGGUGACCGCUGCUAAAUAAGAAGUGUCAUGCUCAAUCUAGGCACUAAAAAUCGCAAUGAGUACAAUCCUUCACUUGGUGCACGGUGAAUCUUCGCCUGGCAAUAUCUAGAGUGUGCCUGGCCUCAUGUGUGUGUGCACAUGCAGGCAUAUUGACCAACAUCUAUGUGUACUGCGUAACUGUAAUGUUGAGGAAGUGAUGCUAGCAUUGGUGAGGAAGUGAUUCAUGCAAAGCCCAGGAUAAGCUUCCAUUUGUGACAAGCGUGUUGUGUUACCUGGUACUUCAGCAGCAGUUGUUAUAAUUGGCCCAGUGAGGUGUUGAGUUGUGACUCUAGAUGUGGCAUGGAGAACUUUUUCUUUUGUAUCUUCCACAGAUAUCAUAUUUGCUGGAAUGUAACAUGGGGAGGAAUUUUCGAGAUACAGAAAAUUAAAAUUAUAGAAAGAUUGUAGUCGGAAGUAUAUGGAUUGAAAAUGAAAUGGAACGACAUGUGAAAUUAUGAUGUGUAAUGCAACCUUAAGAGGAAUCUUUAGCUCGGGCCCAACUCCGACUCCGCCUAUUCAAAUACAUGUAAAACGCAAAAACAUUUUUCCAAAAUAACCCCUUGACCGAUUCUAAUGAAGUUUGUUGCAUUUUAGAGAGAAAGUUAAGUGCUAGUGACUGUUGCGAGUGGAAUUUCGAUUUAGGGCUUGAAUUUUGUUAAAAAGAUUUUCAAACAUUCGACCGCUUGAAAAUAAUAGAAGCACGAAGUUUACAAAUUCAUAGCUCUGCGUCGAGAACAGAUAUCGCGGUUCUGUAAACAGCAUCCAUUAGAUCAAUCAAAGCGGACAAAUUCGAUAUCUCAUUUUAUAUCUUACAUAAAUUUGUUACGUUAUGUACAAGGGUUCUGCAAAAGCUGUAUUUCCAUAUUACUAAAUUUUUUUAUUCGUGUGUAACAUAUUAAUUUUUUCCACUUUAGAUGCACUAUUAGGUGCAAUUCACAGAAUUGUAGUAUCAUUUUUCAUUGCGGAGUUACACAGUUGUAAACUUGAUACUUUCGCUUUCUGAAAAUUUUCAAUUUUUGCCAAUUUUUAAUAAAAAAUUGAGUGAACUUAAAAUCUAGUGACUGUUGGUUUCAAAUUUUCAAUUUAGGUCAUCAAUUUUUUAAUUAAAAUUAGCAAAAAUAAAAGAUUUUCAGAAAACGAAAGUAUAUAGUUUACAACUGUGUAAUUCAGCAAUCAAAAAUGAUACCACAAUUCUGUGAAUUGCACCUAAUAGUACAUCUAAAGUGGACAAAAUUAAUAUGUUACACAUGAAUAAAAAAAUUUAGUAAUAUGGAAAUACAGCUUUUGCAGAACCCUUGUACAUAACGUAACAAAUUCACGUAAAAUAUAAAAUGACAUAUCGAAUUUGUCUGCUUUCAAUGAUCAAACGGAUGCCAUUUACAGAACCGCGAUAUCUGUGUUUGAUGCAGGGCUAUUAAUUUAUAAACCUCUUCUUCUAUUUUUUUCGAACUUUCAAAUUUUUGAAAAUUUUUGAAACAAAAUUUAUUCCGGUAAUCGAAAUUCUGCUUCCAAAAGUCACUAGAAUUUAACUUUCUCUCUCAAAUGCAGCAAAGUUCAUUAAAAUCAGUCCAGGAGUUAUCUCAGAAAGACAUUUUUGCAUUUUACAUGUAUUUGAAUAGGCCACGUCGGAGUUGGGCCCGAGCUAAAGCUUCCUCUUAAUGAUGGAAAACUUUGGCGUAGCCAGUUGAUGAGUGAUUCUCUGCAGCGACACCCAUUUGGGACCACCUGCUUGUUAGGGGCUAUCAUGCGGCAAUGAAUCAUGCAUGUUGCAGGGAUGGAUUGACUGUCAUGUUGUAAUUUUCAAAUGGGAUUACAGUGCAGUGUUGCAGCCCAAGUAGCGCUGGAAACAGGGUCAACAUAGUCCGAUAAUGAACUACCAUUUCCAAAUGCAAGACCAGCAGUGCCCAAUAUAGGACCUGUGUGGCCCAAUGUUGAACACACACUGGCACUGCUCCCUGUGCUACUGCAGAAGGUGCUUGUGCCAUGGUAGCUGCAUUUGCACGGAGACUGUGCAGUUGCACAGUGCAGUAGUACACUAACGCUGUUGCAUCAUGUCUUCGUGAUGUGACACCUGCCCCAUUCCAUGCCCAAGUGGUUGUGCGUACAGUCAGCCAAAAAAACUUUGCUACGACAUAUGGGAUUUGGGGAAAAGCUGAAUUACCAUGUAGCCUGGACCGAGAGUGUUGAGUUCAAAGUUUCAUUGCGUAGUAAGAUUUGUGACUUGUACAGUGAUCCAGUAAGUUAGAUGCCUAUGCCUUAACAGAAUAGAAAUUCCCAUUUGUUGUAUAACCUAUGUCUUGUAAACUCUUGUAGCAGACCAUACUUCCCUUGGAGGUCUAGAAUUGGGACUUGUCAUGAGGCUCAAUGUGACAAGCAACCAUUGUUAAGGUUGUCACAUCUUGAGGUGGGAGAUUGCGCCUGUUAGUGGGGGAAGUAACCUAUAUUUGGAGCAUGGUGUUGAACAUGUAACUAGAGCUGGCCUUCUUGACCUCAUCGCUUCAAAGCAUUGUAUAUGAGUGCAAAUACGAUAUCUCAGCCAGUCAGGGACUACAGGACUUGUUAGUGUCAUUUUUGGUCUUAGCAUAAGUGGACAUGGUCACAUUGUAGUCAGUUGGUUCCGAAGAGCAAGCUUUUUGCUUUUUCUCCCAAGUACAUAAGCAGAAUCUCCUGUGCGUUUUCUUGGGACUUUCAAGAUUUAAUAAACGUAAGUGCCUUGUGGCCUCCUUGUUUAACAAAAAAUGAGAUGUUGACAGGCAGGGUGUGUAAAAAGUGUGUUGUAAAUUGGAAGUUGUUUGAAUGAUGGAGAGCUAGUUAUAUUGCGGAGGUGCACAUAAAUUUAUUUGGGUGGUUUUCUUCAAGAAUGGCACAUAUAUCAUUAAGAUUGAGACUGUUAAAUUUAUGGCAAAAGUAUUUGCACGGAUUAAGUGCAGGUUACAAAUAGAUUGCAAUGCAGCUGUUAAGCACCGAGGUGCUUGUUUUAGAGUUAUAGUUAUACCAUGUAUACCGAGUUCUGAUAACUUUUUGUCAGUAAAGGCAUGGGACUUUUCUCUCUCCGUGGACAAAGUUCUAACAAGUUUUUCAUAGCCUCCUCUAUAUUUACAAUGCCUGCCCAGAUAUUCUGCAAUGCAUGGAAGCCGGUAGUCCACUGCAGCAACACCACAUUCCCAGUCAUGGAGGAAAGAAAAAUAUAGGAGGGAGCAUUACGUCACGCAGCCAGCCUUCGAAAGCAAACGCUCCGUGAAGCCACAGUGGUGGCCCAACACGUGACCUCUUGCAUAAAGAUCACAGAAGAACAAUCGAGAUUUGCUGAAACGUUUGGUUCCGAGCAGCCAUGCCAGUAAUUUUUAUUCAGUGAGCGCUUGUUCAGCUGCCCUGCCGUGGCUCUGGCUGCAGAGCGGGAACACUAAAACUAACUGCGAACUUUGACGUGCGAUCACGUGUUGGGCCACCAGAUUGGCUUCUAUCACAUAGCGGUAUGCACCCGCCUAUCAUUUUCCUUCCUCCAUGUUCCCAGUCAUAUAACAACCCAUGUUGUUGUUAGAGCAUACACAACUUUUGCCAGGCACUGCUGCUACUUUGUGCCUGUUCCUUUGUUUCCGUAUAACCUGUGAAGAAAGUUGACGUGGCCCUAACGAUGGCUUGUAAACUGUGACCAACUACUGGGCAAGUGGCGCCCUCUGAGCAACCCCUGCUUUUUUAGUCUCUGGACAGGCAUUAAAGAAAUACAAGAGGCUGCGGCUUUUUGCUAAGGAACUUGUCACUGUUGUUUCUGGGGUGAUCAGAUAAUUUAAUUUACAAGUGAGUGUUCAGCUGACAGCUUAUGCAUAUUUGUACAUAGAACUUAUUGGCAGCAGUAGUGGUUAGCUCUGUGCCCAUUUUUACAUCGCUCCUUAUUGUUUUAAGCAGGCCCUACUCGGGAUCCAGUACCCGGCCUUGUUUCCAUGCUGUUGUGUUAAGAGCGAUGCCUCCAAGGUUGUUGCGAAUGGUCACAUGUAUUUUUUUUUUUUUCCGAUGACAUCAUUUCUGUUUCAAUGAACAACUACUUGUACUUUUCAUCAUCCUUCUGUUCUUUUUUUUUUACUAUUAUUAUUAUUAGUGCAUGUUUUUUAUGUUUCGGAAACCAUUAUGGAUAUAUUUUGCUGCGUAUACUUUUUUAAAAAUGUGCUGUCAAUGUAUUUGAAAUGCUGUUUUAGGAUUGCCAGAAGUUGGUGUCAUUGGGAGAGCCGGGUAUUUUUUUCUUUUUUUGUGUGUGUCUACUGUCUGUGUUUGUAGGCUUUACUGAAGCUGCCUUUUGAUAUUAUUAGUUGGGCGUAAUACAUUCCAGAGGUGCUUUAGGGCAGUGCGGAGUUGUCAACUUGUUGAGCAACGAAUGAGCCCUUCUGCACUGUGCUUUUACUAUUAGUGUUGUGCCUCCACGCUAUGUUUGUUUAGUUGUCUUCAAUAUCUCUCUCUCUCCUCUUCCGACUCAUUCCUUGAGGCUUGUUGUGCAAAGAAAGUGGGGAAGAGGUGUUUCUGAUGCAUCGAGAUAUUGACCUCACAUAUACAUAGAUAUAUAUAUAUAUAUAUAUAUAUUCAGAUGCCUGUUUUAUAAACCAAUCGUUACUACACUUGUCAUUUUUAAAGAUGUUACAGCACGGCGCCGGCAGAAGAGCACAGCACGUAGGCAUCAGAUUUUACUUGUAGUUAUCAACAGUCUCUCCAACUUUUUUUUUUUUUUUUUUCUUUCUUUUUUCACAGGACAGCUUGUCACAGCAAGGUGUAGGUUAAUUGGCAGCUUUGCCUAAGUGUGCUUUUUCACAUUUUAGGCUUCUGGUUUCAGUGCCUGGGUGCACACUGCAGCAUUGAUAUAAAAACUGCUGUGCUGAUAAGUGUUUAUUGCAUACAGUCUAUUGCAAAAAAGUAAAGGCCAGUGAUUUGUUGGCAACAGCUAGCUGGCAUUUACUUUUUUGCAAUAGAGCAUGCAGCCAAUGAGUGUUGUGUGCCAAUCUUCUGCAAAGGCACAACUGUUUUAAUGAUUUGUGGAGCCUCGUGAAUAACUUUUGUUUUCUCUUGCAAGUUUUCACUGCAAAGGUACAAGUUAGAAAAAAAUAUUCAAGAUGCAAACUUCUUGUCUUGUUGCCAAUGAUUUCAACUACCAACGCCUGAGAUAUGGGUUGUGCUCUCUCUCCUAUAAUUGUGUAUAUGGGCUUAUGAAACACUGAUCGAAGAGAGAGGUGUAUAUGCAUGACCUUGCUCUUUUAAGCACUUGAAAAUGCAAUGACCUGUAAAUACUUUUUCCUCAUGUACAUUAAAGCUAUCUUUCCUACAAA